AUGUGCGAAAAAAUGCAGCAAGAACAACGCGAUAUUGAAACAGCCAUCGAGAUACAUGUAGAGAGAACACCAAAGCGUGGAACAUGGAGAGAACCACGACGAAAUAUAUUUCGCCUGUUCUCAACAUAUUUGGGAUUUCUCAUAUACGGGAUGAAUGAUAGCACUGUGGGGGCACUUCUUCCUUCUAUUGAAAUUUAUUAUGGACUCAACUACACAACUGUGUCUUUGAUAUUCUUGGCUCCAGCCAUUGGAUGUGUCCUUGCCGCCUUCUUGACAAACCGUCCUCAUUCAAAAAUCGGCAGGCACGGCGUGGGGCUUUUGUCAUGUGGAUCUUAUACCAUCGCAUACGCAAUUGUUUCGUUUCAUCCGCCAUUCCCAGUGAUAUUUCUAUUGUACAUCAUUACUGGCUUCGGGAGCGGGCUGAUAAACGGAUUAUGGAAUUCAUAUGUCAGUGGAUUAACUAACUCGAGUUCAUUAUUGGGGUUCCUUCACGGCUUUUUUGGAAUAGGCGCAACAAUCAGCCCAAUUAUCGCUUCAAAGUUAGUGGCGAGUGGGAUCCCCUGGUACAAGUAUUAUUACAUACUCACUGGCCUCGGUGCUAUGACAACUGCAAUACUCGUAACAGCGUUUUGGGAAGAAACGGGCCCAGUGUACUGUCAACAGCACGCUGAUUCAUCCGGAAUGACUGGAGGACGGACUUUGAAAGUUAUCAAGAGCAAGGUGACUAUACUACUAUCAGCUUUUAUGCUGUUAUAUUUGGGAUGUGAGCUCUCAAUUGGAGGAUGGAUCGUAACAUUCAUGAUACGUGGGUUUAAAAUUUUUAACUUUAGGUCGAUUUGCGCUUGGCUCUGUUUCUGGUUAAUCCCACAAUUCGUUGUAUCUGCCGCGAUGGUGGCUAUGAUCGGGUUUUUCAUUGGAAUGCCAAUACCAGCAGCGAUUGUUGUCGUCACAAAGACUCUUCCACCAGAGCUUCAUGUGAUUGCUGUUGGAUUCUCUACGGCAUUUGCAGUAUCUGGCUCAGCAGUCGUACCGUUCGCUGUGGGAGCACUUGCACAAAGCAAAGGAGUUCAGGUCUUACAGCCAAUAAUUGUAGCUUUAUUAGCUGCACAGCUUGGAUUGUGGUUCUUCGUGCCAAGGGUUGCGGAAGGGAAACAAGGUGGGUAA